CAUAUAGGGCGAUGCGGAAGUCAUAGUUCCGUUAACUUCAGUUGAUUCCGUUUAGUCUGAAAUUUGUGGUAGCGGUAGAACAGUCACACGCUUUCACAUCGCAACACCUCGACUGAACCGUCUGUGCCUCAUCCACAAAAAGGAGAAUCAUGAACAGCAACUACAGCGUCUCCCUGGGUGGCCCCGCCCCCUGGGGCUUCAGACUGCAGGGAGGAAAGGACUUCUGUCUGCCACUCACUAUCUCACGGCUGACCGAUGGGGGCAAAGCAGCCAAAGCCAAAAUGAGUGUGGGAGAUGUAGUUCUGUCUAUCGACGGAAUCGCCACCAAAGGCAUGAACCACCUGGAGGCCCAGAACAAGAUCAAAGCCUGCACUGACAACCUCAACCUCACCCUGCAGAAAGCUUCCAGUGUUCCCAAGGCUGAUACACCAAAGGACGAGCCACUGGAGAUCAUUAAGCCUGUGCCAAUCACCCAUCCAGCUCCGCCCUUCACCAGCCCCUCCCCCCAACCCGGUGCUGCCUACAACAAGACGGCCCGCCCCUUUGGCGGGGGCAGCAAUGUGGGUGCAGUCACUUCCUCCCUGACCGCCCCAAAGGUGGCCUCCAUCCCCUCUGCAUCGUCUGCUUUCACCCCUGCCGCCCCCUCCUCCCAGCAGCCCCAGCCUCCCUUCCCACUAGCUAGCCGCUCCCGCUCCCCAGCCCCACCUAGCUCGGCCCCACCCCCCAGACCCGGCUCUGGCCGUUCCCCCUUCACCACCCCCUCCUCCACUCCCUCCUCUUCUUCCUCAUCCUCCCCGGCCAGAGUGACAGCCCCCUCCUCCAAUCCCGGUGCUCCACAGUCCUCUUGCUAUAACACGCCAAUAAACCUGUACUCCAAUGCCAAUGCCUGUGAGGUGGCCAUAGGACAAAGGCGGGGCCUGUUGGAAGCCCAGGGUGUGGUGGUCGACCAGAUCAAAGAACAGUUUAAUGGAGUCCCCCCAAAGACUGGCCCUAGGAGGAACAGAGUUGAACCAGAGUUGACCCACGCCUCGCCCCUCAGCGAGGCCAGUAAGAAGCGUCUGAUCGAGGACACAGAGGACUGGCAUCCUCGCACCGGAACCUCCCAAUCCAGGUCCUUCAGAAUCCUGGCUCAGAUCACCGGCACAGAGAAAGACCAAGCCCAGGAGAACAGCGCUGGAAAGAAUAAAGUUGUUGAGAAUGCCCCGCCCAGUGGUCACAUCACAGCAUCAGUGAAGACCAUGACCAAAGUCCCAGGAGCCCCCAGGAAUGGCAGCAGUGUCCCGCCACCCACCUUCAAGACCCCGUCUGCCCAGGUCAAACACUCCUGGCCAGCUGGAGGUUCAGCAGGUUUCUCUAAGGGUGGCGCUGCGCCCUCUUUUGGGAGGGUCAGCAACACUGCACCAGUACCCACAGUACCCAAAGUUUCUGACCGCCCUGCCCCCCAGGCGCACCCUAAGGACCAGAACUCCCUGGUACAGCGGGCCGAACACAUCGCAGCGGGAACACGCACCCCCAUGUGUGGCCACUGUGACAAGGUCAUCAGAGGUCCUUUCCUGGUGGCCAUGGGCAUGUCCUGGCACCCUGAGGAGUUUAACUGUUCCCACUGCCACAUGUCUCUGGUGGAGUCUGGCUUCGUGGAGGAGAGGGGAACAGUGUACUGUGCUCACUGCUAUGAGAAGUUCUUUGCCCCUACCUGCACCAGCUGCCAGCAGAAGGUCCUGGGGGAAGUCAUCAAUGCCCUGAAGCAGACAUGGCAUGUGUACUGCUUCCUGUGUGCGUCCUGCCAGCAGCCAAUCGGAAACAACACCUUCCACCUGGAGGACGGGCUGCCAUACUGUGAAAGAGACUACUAUCAACUCUUUGGUACCAGUUGCCAUGGUUGCGACUUUCCCAUCGAGGCAGGAGACAAGUUUCUGGAGGCGUUGGGAUUCACCUGGCAUGAUACCUGCUUCGUGUGUGCAGUCUGCAACACCAGUUUGGAGGGCCAAGCCUUCUUCUCUAAAAAGGACAAGGCUCUGUGCAAGAAACACGCCAAUACAGUCUAGAUCUGACCCACCAUCAGGAGUGAAGAACAGAGUUGUUGAUAUUUUUGGUAGUUUUAAAAGAUUGAUUUACUGAUUAUGACUUUUAUUAACAUAUGUUUGGUUAUAGGGAGUUAAGCUUUAUUUCAUAUUCUCUGAUGUAUAUAUGUGUGUGUGUGUGUGUGUGUGUGUGUGUGUGUGUGUGUGUGUGUGUGUCUGUGUGUGUCUGUGUGUGUCUGUGUGUGUCUGUGUGUGUGUGUGUUUUUUGUGUGAGUGUGUGUGUGUGUGUGUGUUUUUUGUGUGAGUGUGUGUGUGUAUGGCUGUGUGUGUUGUUUACCAUUCACUGCUUGUGCCAUAUAAAAAGGGGAAAAUAUUUUGCUAAAAUGAAGGUAUGAAAAAGUACCUAGUGUAUUUUCUACCGAGAUUCAUUAGAUAUUUGAAGAUUUGUUGAAGUCAGACAAAGUGCAUGAUGGGAGAAAGUAUGUUGACAUGAAGGGAGGUAUGAUUUUUCAUGAAAUAUCUGAUUGAAAUGUUCUUUACAUACAGUACAAGAAUAUCCUGUAGUUAGGUGAACACGUAAGGUAGUGAUACUCAAGUAACAGCCCGGGGCCAUAUCUGGCUCAUCAUGACAAAUGUCAUGAUGAGCCAGAUAUGGCCCCGGGCUGCUACUUGAGUAUCACUACCUUACGUGUUCACCUAACUACAGGAUAUUCUUGAAGCCCUCAACAUGAAUUUAUUUCAUAAAUGAAAAUCCACUACAUAUGAUACCUUAGCAUGUAUGUAGUUAGUCUAAUUAAAGUCUUAUUUUAGUAUAUAAUGGGGACCUUAUCAAAUUAACAUUAAUCAGUGGACAUAUUCAAAUCAAUUAUCACCUUAUUGAAAAAUAAUGUGUUGUUGAGAACAACUAGGCCCCCCCCCCCCCCCCUCUCCACUCAUCUGUCUCUGUCUGUCUCUCUCUCUGCUGGUCUGUUUGAAUCUGUAGACAGAUCUGUAUUUAUCCUGGUAGUAUAUUUAUUGGGGCUGGAGGGACGUAGGAAUGUACUGUAUUUUGGGCUUUCUAGGGUCAGUUGCACAUAGAGUGGUUUACUGACAAAGUCAGACGGUCAGGACAGACAGCUGUUAUUUUAUUAGCAGUAGGGUUUUUCUGAGUUUAUUGUUGUAUUGAUUUUUCAAAGUAUUUUUAUGGAUUACAUUUCCAUACAUUUUUAACCUAAACUUAGACACCAUUUUGCUUUUGCUGCCACUGAUGAAUGCUUGCCUGUGUGGUGUUUAUUGGUGUAAUUCAUUCCAUUACCAAUCGUAUUUUCCACAAUGUUACUCAUCCAAACUACAUAAUAAAAAAUGUUACCAUUUUUCUCUACAUCUCUACAAUGUCAGUGUUAUUGUGAUUUGUAUUAGACCUUUGUGGGAAGAACACCAUUUUAUUGAGAAAUACAGUACAUCAAUCCAAGUGUAUUGGUCUUCUAUUUGUAAAAAAUAAAACUACAAUUUCAUAUAAAGU